UAACGUCGUACGAUUCGCUAUAAAAUAAGAGCUCUGACUGAAAACGUAAACAGAAUGGCUUGCAGGAGAAAAUUGAUUGAUUAAGACAUGAUAUAAGCGACAAUUUAAAAGGGAAUAUUGCAGCACACAAAAUGGGUCUUUUCUUGGUGGAGCCUGUGGUUGCACUUUAUGCUUUCUCCAGCUUUCUCAUCUAUCCCCUCGUGCAGCAGUAUGUGUACCGGAGGCUCUGGCAGGAGCUGACAAACACUUCCUAUCCCAUCUCUGACAACUCCUCCAGAUGUGCAGAAAACAACAGCAGCAGCUACCAUGAGGAGGUACAGAGACAAGCAUCUCUCUUCUCCCUUUACACAGAGCUCUUCUCCACAAUCCCUUCUUUGGUCGUCACCCUCAUGCUUGUGGCCUAUAGUGACCGAGGAGGACGCAAAAUCACAAUCAUCAUGCCUUUGAUCGGCACGCUGAUCUACACCUUGUCCUUCCUGACCGUGUCCUACUUUGAGCUCAACAUUUACUUGCUCAUUGGCUCUUCGCUCCUCAGUUCUCUGUUUGGUGGAUUGGGCACAUUCCUGGGGGGCUGUUUUGCCUACAUAGCAGACUUGUGUGAGGAUGGUCGUCAGAAGACGAUGCGCAUGGCAGGAGUGGACAUGAUGAUUGGCCUGUUGUCAGGGGUGGCUUCAAUAUCAACAGGCUACUUUCUGAGAGCUGCAGGCUUUAACUGGCCUUUCCUAACCUCUGCACUGUGUCAGUGUUUGAUUCUGCUGUAUGCAAUCUUCAUUCUAGAAGAGACUGUGAAGAAAGCUCCCACUGAUGCCAUUAUUCUAGAUGGAUCUCCUCAGUCCUCAGCCAUGAAGCAGAUGAUGUACGGGGUCUACCGCAUGUUUACAGGGGCCAGCUGCAGGACAAGAACUGUCUUGGUCCUCCUGAUUCUCAUCUUCACCAGUUUCUCCUUUGCCUACGUGGGUGGGAUUUCCUUAGUGACACUAUAUGAGCUGGGCGAGCCGCUGUGCUGGACUGAGAUUUUGAUUGGCUACGGCUCAGCGCUGUCCACCACUGUGUUUGUGACCAGUUUUCUCGGAGUGAUGGCGUUCACAUACUGCGGCGUGCCCCAGCUGCUUAUUGUCUUGAUGGGGAUCCUGUCCGUCAUAGCAGGCAUGAUCCUGUUGGCCUUUGCUAAAACCACUUUACUGAUGUUUAUAGUGAGGGUGCCGAUGCUUCUGGCUAUCAUGCCUUUCCCUGUUCUGCGCUCCAUGAUAUCAAAGAUCAUCCCAAAGUCUGAGCAGGGAGCCCUGUUUGCCUGUCUUUCCUUCCUGGAGAGUUUAACCACUAAUGUAGCAGGCGCAGUCUUCAACACCGUCUAUGCUGCUACGGUGGCAUGGUAUCCUGGCUUCGUCUUCCUGUUGUCUGCCGGACUCUGUGCUGUCCCGUUGAUUGUCCUGGGGGCAGUGGGUCUGGUUGGAGUGGAUGUUACCGAAGAGGUCAAAAAGCCAGAGCCAGUCUUCUCAGGAGAGGAAGAUCUCUAUGAAGAUCAGAACGACAACACUCCUAUUCUUACCUGAGACACGUGGGCUGUCAAAGCCUCAGCAGCACUUUGUGAUUUUCUUCCUUUUAAGUGAUUUAUUCUCAGGCACUUUUUCAAUGACAUGUAGCUCAGCUCAGACCAUACCAUAUAUCGCAAUGUUAGCAAAAGGGAAAAAUAAUUUGUGCAUCUGCACUGUGAUUUGAUCCACUCAAAAGUGUAAUAGGUUCUUCCUUGGCCUGUGCUACACCUUUAACAGAGUUACAUGACAAUCAGGACAGUAUUUUUUCAAUAAUCCUAUUGACAAACAGACAAACAAACCAUCACCAAAAACAUUUGGUAUACUAAAUACUUCAUUGGUGGAUGUAUGGAUGUAAUAAUGCAGGUUACAGAUUCAUCUCUUAUUUCUUAUUGCUGGGGUUGUUUGUGAAUUUAACUUGAAUAUUAUGUGGAUACCACAGGGGGCUGUGGGUUAAUGUGGAAGCUCUGAGGGGCAGGUGAGAGAGAAACAAUCUGGUGAUCCAAUUGGUAAGUCUAGAGUUAUUUAAGAACAGGUGAAAGAAAACUUUUCUUUCCAGGAUACAAGUUUUUUUCUAAGUUCCUUAUUUUUGUUCAUCUGUGAAACAGGUGGGGAAAAAUAGAGGGUUUUUUUUGGGUUUGUCUGAGUUUGUUGCUAUAAUACUCAUUUUAGGCCACAAGAGGCUGAAAUGCACUUUUAACCCAUGAUCGUAUGAAGGUAUUUCUGCCAAAAUGAUCCUUCCAAUUUUCCAUCGACAAAAAUAUUUUUUUUACCUGGUUUCAUAGGAAAGAAAAGUGACUGAGAAGGAUAAUCAAAGGAGGGAAAUAAAAAUAUAAAUAAAAUAAACCCUGCAAAGCUUUUGUCCCCACCUUUUUAACAGAGGGAAAAUAAGGAACUUACAAAUAAUGUCUUGGCAAAACCUGUUUUUCUCCUGUUCUUAAGUCAUAAGCACAGGGGAGAACGAAUUUACAGUAGAUCUGAUUUUUUUUUUUAAAUGAUCAGAUUUUUCUUUUCUCACCUGCCACUCGGGGCUUCUGUACAGACAGGUUCUGAAACAGGGAAUUUUUAUUUUAUUUACAAGAACAUUGUUUCAUAGGUUACAUGCCAAGGUUGUAGCAUACAUAGCUCAUAGAGCAGAUAUUGGAUGUUAAGUGAGGUGCAUCCAAUCUAACAGCUCUUCCAUGAAGAAUGGUAGGACCCCUCACACAGUAAUACCUCCAAAAGGCCAAACUGUGACUAACACAUUCAUAAGAGUAAUUUUUUUUGAUACAGUUUUUACAGUGUGAUAUGUUUUGCAGUUUUCAAACCAUUUGUUUUCAGAGUUUCAGUUGUAUGAAGUGAUUCAGAUCUGUUCUGCCUUAAUUCUUUUGGUUUCUCCUUUUUUAGUGCAAUGGCAAUUAUGCCUUUACAAAGAGCUCCCCUGUCACGUUUCAAAAAUGAUAUUUCCUGCAAAGCACCAAAUAUGCAGAUUAGAUUGAUUUUAAAACAUGCCACCCUUCUAAAACCUGCAUUAAGUGAUGCAAAACUUAAAAAAUAUUAAAUAUUAUAAUUAACAUUCAGAUGGAGGAAUGGGGUUUUAAAAGGAGCAAGGGAUAAGUGCUUUUUAAGAAACGAAUGGUCUCCAUAUAUAGAAUUUUAUGGUUGUCCUCCAACGUAAAUAUUUUGUGACCUAAGGGAUGAUAAAAAAAGGACUAGACGUGUGGUUUUAUUAAGUCAGGGUGAAGUUUGGAGUUAAAUAUAAUAAUUUUUAAAAAUGGUAUGCUUAUUAGAUAGGAUGGAAAUAUUAUCCGUAUGUAGCUUUAGCUCUGCCACAAUUAUUACAUCAAAGCAGGAUGACAUUUCAGGUGUAGUUUUAGACAGAUAAGCUAUGGGGGACUUCAGAGUGUUUGUGACUCAAUUCCAAAUGAUGCGUCAUGGAAGUAUAACUGGAAGCACGGAGAAGUAGUUGGUGCAUUUCUCUCUCUCUCUCUCUCUCUCUCUCUCUCUCUCUCUCUUUUUUUUUUACCUGUGGUAUCUAUUAUCUUGUUCCUUAUU